AUGGCUGAAACGAGUAUUGAAAAAACCCAAAUUUUACAAAAAUAUCUAGAACUAGACCAAAGAGGCAGAAUCAUUGCCGAAUAUGUCUGGAUCGACGGUACCGGUAACUUGCGUUCCAAAGGUAGAACUUUGAAGAAGAAGGUCACCUCUAUCGACCAACUACCAGAAUGGAACUUUGACGGUUCCUCUACCAACCAAGCUCCAGGUCACGACUCCGACAUCUACUUGAAGCCUGUCGCUUUCUACCCAGACCCUUUCAGAAGAGGUGACAACAUUGUCGUCUUGGCCGCUUGUUACAACAACGACGGUACUCCAAACAAGUUCAACCACAGACAUGAAGCCGCUAAGUUGUUUGCUGCCCACAAAGACGAAGAGAUCUGGUUCGGUCUAGAACAAGAAUACACUCUAUUGGACAUGUACGACAACGUCUACGGAUGGCCAAAGGGUGGGUUCCCAGCCCCACAAGGUCCAUACUACUGUGGUGUCGGUGCCGGUAAGGUGUACGCCAGAGAUCUUAUCGAAGCCCACUACAGAGCCUGUCUGUAUGCCGGUUUGGAACUUUCCGGUAUCAACGCCGAAGUCAUGCCAUCUCAAUGGGAAUUCCAAGUUGGCCCAUGCACCGGUAUUGAAUUGGGUGACCAAUUGUGGAUGGCAAGAUACCUCUUGCACAGAGUGGCUGAAGAAUUCGGCAUUAAGAUUUCCUUCCAUCCAAAGCCAUUGAAGGGUGACUGGAACGGUGCCGGUUGUCACACCAACGUCUCCACCAAGGAAAUGAGACUACCAGGCGGUAUGAAAUACAUUGAACAAGCCAUCGAAAAGUUGUCCAAGAGACACGCCGAACACAUCAAGUUGUACGGUAGCGAUAACGAGAUGAGAUUGACCGGUAGACAUGAAACUGCUUCCAUGACCGCCUUCUCUUCUGGUGUCGCCAACAGAGGUAGUUCCAUCAGAAUUCCAAGAUCCGUCGCCAAGGAAGGAUGUGGUUACUUCGAAGAUCGUAGACCAGCUUCCAACAUUGACCCAUACUUAGUCACCGGUAUCAUGUGUGAAACCGUUUGCGGUGCCAUUGACAGCGCCAACAUGACUAAAGAAUUCGAAAGAGAAUCCUCAUAA